AGUCUCAGCUUUUUGCGGCAAGGCACCCAGACACCAUGGGGAAGCUAGUGGCGCUGACCGUGCUGGGGGCCAGUUUGGCCUUAAUAGGGGAAAGACUUCUGAAUUUUAGAGAUAAAGUUAACACAUCUCGAGAAAUAAAGUCCAUAGAACCGCAGACCUGCCACCUGAUUGAGGGACUUGAGAAUGGCGCUGAAGAUAUUGAUAUACUUCCUAGCGGGCUGGCUUUUAUCUCCACUGGAUUAAAAUAUCCAGGUUUGCCAAGCUUUGCACCAGACAAACCAGGAAGAAUCUUCCUGAUGGAUCUGAAUGAGCAAAACCCAAAGGCACAAGCACUGGAAAUCAGUGGUGGGUUUGACCAGGAGUCACUGAAUCCCCACGGGAUCAGCACUUUCAUUGACAAAGACGACACUGUGUAUCUCUAUGCCGUGAAUCACCCUCACAUGGACUCCACUGUGGAGAUAUUUAAGUUUGAAGACCAACAACGCUCCCUCAUCCACCUGAAAACUAUAAAACACGAACUUCUCAAGAGUGUGAAUGACAUUGUGGUUCUUGGGCCAGAGCAGUUCUAUGCUACAAGAGAUCACUACUUUACCAGUUAUUUCUUGGUUCUUCUGGAAAUGAUCUUGGACCCUCACUGGACUUAUGUUCUUUUCUACAGCCCAAAAGAGGUCAAAGUAGUGGCCCAAGGAUUUAGUUCUGCCAAUGGAAUCACAGUAUCACUAGACCAGAAGUAUGUCUAUGUAGCUGAUGUAACAGCUAAGAACAUUCACAUAAUGAAAAAACAUGAUAACUGGGAUUUAACUCCAGUGAAGGUAAUUCAGCUGGGCACCUUAGUGGAUAACUUGAAUGUUGAUCCAGCCACGGGAGAUAUUUUGGCAGGAUGCCAUCCUAACCCCAGGAAGCUUUUGAUCUACAACCCCGAGGAUCCUCCAGGGUCAGAAGUACUACGCAUCCAGGAUUCUUUGUCAGAUAACCCCAGAGUGAGCACACUGUAUGCAAACAACGGCUCUGUGCUUCAGGGCAGCACUGUGGCUGCUGUGUAUCAUAAGAAAAUGCUCAUAGGCAGUGUAUUUCACAAAGCUCUGUACUGCGAACUCUAGAUAUUCCUAAAACAUCUUUAUAUUUGACAGAAAUAAAAUUGUAAUUUGUAUGCUAA